CCAUUUUGAUUUGAAGAAAGCUCGUUCUACCGAUCGAGCGUAUUCAUAAGUUUUGUAUUUUACCAUUGCGAUUUGUGAUAUUUACUACUAUAAUUUCUAGAAUUAGCAUUAAGUAAACUAUAGUAAGGUAAUAGGUAAACAAAAAUUGAAUUAUAAAACUCUUAAGGCACUUCGUGACAGAUCGAUUGGCGUUCAGUAAACGAGUUACAGGUUAUAGGAGAAGAUUAUUAAAUUUUAGCAUUUGUCUUCUUUUGAGUUAAUUUACAAUGGAAAGCAUGGAUGUUGCACAAGAAGGAACUUCGGCGGCUACUACACCGCUCGAAAAUGGGCCGGACAAGAAUGUCGCAGCGGAGGAGAUGACAUCCAGGGACUAUUAUUUUGACUCGUACGCGCAUUUUGGUAUACACGAGGAAAUGCUAAAAGAUGAAGUGCGCACGCUCACGUAUCGAAACGCCAUGUACCAUAAUAGGCAUUUAUUCAAAGAAAAAACUGUAUUGGACAUUGGAUGUGGUACGGGCAUCCUGUCAAUGUUUGCAGCAAAGGCUGGUGCAGCUAAAGUGAUAGCUGUGGAGUGCUCUAAUAUUGUAGACUACGCUCGCAAGAUUGUUGAGGCUAACAAACUCGAUGAUGUCAUAGAAAUUGUCAAAGGAAAGGUAGAGGAAGUAGAGUUGCCAGUGGACAAAGUGGAUAUAAUAAUCUCAGAGUGGAUGGGCUACUGUCUGUUCUAUGAGAGUAUGUUGGAUACUGUGCUAUAUGCUCGUGAUAAGUGGUUGAAACCUGGCGGUAUGCUGUUCCCUGAUAGAUGCACAUUGUUUAUCUGUGGUAUUGAAGAUAGGCAGUACAAGGACGAGAAGAUCAACUGGUGGGAUGAUGUGUACGGUUUCGACAUGUCUUCCAUCAGGAAGGUUGCCAUCUCCGAACCUCUUGUUGAUGUUGUUGAUGCUAAACAGGUGGUCACAAAUUCUUGUUUACUGAAAGAAAUUGACUUGUAUACAGUUAAGAAGGAAGAUUUGAACUUUGAAGCAAAAUUCCAUAUGCAGGUCCGUCGUAACGACUUCAUCCAAGCUCUGGUGACAUUCUUUAAUGUGGAAUUUACGAAGUCCCACAAACGGUUGGGAUUUAGCACCGCACCUGAGGCACCAUACACACAUUGGAAGCAGACUGUCUUCUACUUUGAUGAAUAUAUGACGGUGAAGAAAGGUGAAGAGAUAACGGGCACAUUCUCUAUGAAACAGAAUGAACGGAACAACCGUGAUCUUGACUUUGAAGUGGAGAUUGAGUUCAAAGGAGAACUCUGUCAGGUCAAAGAGAAGAAUCAUUACAGAAUGCGUUGAGUGUAGCUCAUAAGUGCCUAAUUUAGACUCACUACGCUCAACUUGAGUAUUUAUAGUGAUGAUAAGUUUUUAUUUCUCAGUGUGAAGGAACGCUUUGUUUCUAAGUGAAGUAUUACAGUUAAAAAAAAAAUGUUUUCAUCAAAUAAAAUCUUUAAGAACUGUCCAAUGUAUAGAUGCUAGAAUGCAAUAACAGAAUGCACAAUUAUUAAGUAAAUUGGGCAUUUUUUUUUUAACAUUUUUGUCAACUCGUGUCAAAUUUACCAAAAUGACUUUC